AUGUGCAAUCCCAUCGAAGGCUGCUUCAGCACCUUGAAAGCACGCAUCAAAGCUUACCUUGCGCUCAGCCACGAAGAGAUGAUGAAUGUUCCCUACGGUCAGAAGACCGAGCUGCGAAUGCAGCUACUCGAGAAGGCAGCCGAGCAUGCGAUGCCAUGUAUGGACCUCCGUCUGGCCAAUAAAAUGGCUCGCCACUGUGCGCUGUCCGUGGCGGCCGCGAUCCGCGGCGAGCCCAUGGAGUACGGGACUUAG